AAUAUACGUGACAUCUUAGAUUUAAAUCACAGUAUUAUUAUUUAAAAACAAAUCUUGUCCAGUAGGUUUGAAGAAUCUUUUCCUAACCCCAAUAAUAGAGAAUCACGUGUCCAUAUUUCAUUGGUUACAUCCGUUUACAAUCUUCUGGGAAGCGUGCAUUAAAUUUUCCGAGAGGCCAAAAUAUCCAUUGCACCUUUCUCUUUCUCCGAUGGCUAAUCCCUCACUCUUGUUCUUCAGUCUCCUCCUAUUAUCCGCCACCGUAGCCGCCGCCGAACGGAUCGACGAUGAAGACGACCUUCUGAUCCGUCAAGUGGUGCCGGAUGCGGAGGACCACCACCUGCUCAACGCGGAGCACCACUUCUCCGCCUUCAAGACAAAGUUCGGCAAGACCUACGCCACGCAGGAGGAGCACGACCACCGCUUCCGUAUCUUCAAGAACAACUUGCUCCGCGCCAAGUCACACCAGAAAUUGGAUCCCUCCGCCGUCCACGGCGUCACCAGGUUCUCCGAUCUCACUCCGGCGGAGUUUCGCCGCCAGUUCCUCGGCCUGAAGCCGCUCCGCCUUCCCUCUGACGCUCAGAAGGCUCCGAUCCUACCGACCAACGACCUCCCUACCGAUUUCGAUUGGCGCGAACAUGGAGCCGUUACUGGAGUAAAAAAUCAGGGUUCGUGCGGAUCGUGUUGGUCCUUUAGCGCCGUUGGAGCGUUGGAAGGUGCUCAUUUUCUUUCUACAGGUGAGCUCGUGAGCCUUAGCGAGCAACAACUUGUGGAUUGCGAUCAUGAGUGUGAUCCGGAAGAGCGUGGAGCAUGUGACUCGGGUUGUAACGGUGGGUUGAUGACCACUGCAUUUGAGUACACACUCCAGGCUGGUGGACUAAUGCGAGAAAAGGAUUAUCCUUACACUGGAAGAGACCGUGGUCCCUGCAAAUUUGACAAGAGCAAAGUUGCUGCUUCCGUAGCUAACUUCAGUGUGGUUUCCCUUGAUGAAGAACAAAUUGCAGCAAAUUUGGUCCAGAAUGGUCCUCUUGCAGUUGGUAUCAAUGCAGUUUUUAUGCAGACAUAUAUUGGUGGCGUCUCAUGCCCAUAUAUCUGCGGCAAGCAUUUGGAUCACGGGGUUCUUUUGGUGGGGUAUGGUUCUGGUGCUUAUGCUCCAAUUCGUUUUAAGGAAAAGCCUUACUGGAUCAUAAAGAAUUCAUGGGGGGAGAGCUGGGGAGAAGAGGGAUAUUACAAGAUCUGCAGAGGUCGCAAUGUAUGUGGGGUGGACUCGAUGGUCUCAACUGUCGCUGCUAUACAUGUUUCUAACAAUUAAAUAUAAGGAUGGAUGCCUAAACGUGGUAGGGGCACCAGUAUAGUAUGUAUGUAAAUAAUUUGCACGAUGUAAUGUUAUGAAGGAGGAAACUGCUAAGCACAUGUUUAUGCUUUUAUUCUGUAAUUCUCUAUGCUAGCUAGUCUAGCCACAAAUCAUUACCCACUGUUAUAGUUAUUGCAAGUAACCUGAAUGAAAUUAAUUUGAGUUCUCACAGUUAA